AUGGAACAUCCCAUUGUUCAAUUAAUCGAUUUAUCCGAUGAAUUACUCUUAAUGAUUUUUAAGAAUAUGAAGAAAGCAUUAGCACUGUAUUCACUAAUAGGAAUCAAUAAAAGAUUUGAAAAUAUUUUACUUGAUCCUAUAUUUAUGAGUCAUUUAAACUUAAUGACAUGUGCAUCAAAUGGUCUUAUUUAUCCAAUGCGUAAGAAAACGAUUGAUCGGUUUUGUUCACAUAUAUUACCUAAAGGUCAUCAUAAAGUCGAAUGGCUCAAUCUUGAGGUAUCAUCUAUGGAACGUCUUCUUCUUACUACUGACUAUCCUAAUUUACAUGGACUUGGUCUUUUUAAUAUACAACAAGAACUAGAUGAAUAUCUUUUCAAUGACAAAUCAUCUUUUGCUCAUAUUUUUAAAAAUCAAAUUUUGGCACUUGUUAUUAAAUUUGAUAAGAAUAAAGGAAAAAGUUUAAUGGAAAAUAUUGCAAUAAAUACCUUCAAAAAUAUUUUAACUAUUUUCACUAAUCUACGUUAUUUAUCUUUUGAUGCACCUUUGAAUAGGAAAUCUACACCAAUAUUACUUGAUUGGCAACAUCCUCAAACUUUUUCAUCUACUAGUUUAAAAGAACGACAUAUUAAUUAA